CGCCGUUGCUCCUGGCAACCACGUCCAUCACCCUCCGCCGUCCAAUGGGCGGCGGGGGUGGGGCGGAGUCCAGGUGCGCCUCGGCGUCCACUUGGCAGAGCGCCUGGGAGCCGCCUGUGGGCAGGAGAGGAUCUGUCAAAUGCGAGGUUCCUUUAAUAAGAGCGACCAGUCCGGCUCCGAGAGUCAUGGCGACCGCAGCGUCUAACCACUACAACAUCCUCACCUCCAGCGCAUCCAUCGUGCACUCGGAGCCCGGCAGCAUGCAGCAAGCCACGGCGUACCGGGACGCGCAGAGCCUGUUGCAGAGCGACUACCCGCUGCAGAGCAACAGCCACACGCUCAGCCACGCACACCAGUGGAUCACGGCGCUGUCCCACGGAGAGGGAGCCCCGUGGUCCACCAGCCCGCUCGGCGCGGAGCAGGACAUCAAGCCCGCGGUGCAGGGCGCCCGGGACGAGAUGCACAAUUCCAGCAGCAACCUGCAGCACCAGACGCGGCCGCCGCACCUGGUGCACCAGACGCACGGGAACCACCACGACGCCCGGGCGUGGAGAACCACCACCGCGGCGCACAUACCGAGCAUGGCGACGACGAACGGCCAAAGCCUUAUUUACUCCCAGCCGGGCUUCAGCGUCAACGGGCUGAUCCCGGGCAGCGGGCAGGGGAUGCACCACCACAACCUAAGAGACAGUCAUGACGACCACCACAGCCCGCACCUCAGCGAACACGGACACCCCGCGUCCCAGCAUCAGCACCAGCACCGGCCGCAGAGCCACCACGACCACUCGGACGAGGAUACGCCGACCUCGGACGACCUGGAGCAGUUCGCCAAACAGUUCAAGCAGCGGAGGAUCAAGCUGGGCUUCACGCAGGCGGACGUGGGACUCGCCCUGGGGACCCUGUACGGAAAUGUGUUUUCCCAAACCACCAUAUGCAGGUUUGAGGCCCUGCAGCUCAGCUUCAAAAACAUGUGCAAGCUGAAGCCUCUGUUGAACAAGUGGCUGGAGGAGGCGGACUCCACCUCGGGCAGCCCGACCAGCCUGGACAAAAUCGCGGCGCAGGGGAGGAAAAGGAAAAAACGGACUUCAAUCGAGGUAAGCGUAAAAGGAGCUUUGGAGAGCCAUUUUUUGAAGUGCCCAAAACCGGCAGCGUCGGAAAUAAUCAGCCUGGCGGACAGUCUGCACCUGGAGAAAGAAGUGGUGAGGGUUUGGUUUUGUAACAGGAGACAGAAGGAGAAACGCAUGACCCCUCCCGGAGGAGCGCUGCCGGGGAGCGAGGAUGUGUACGGGGACACGCCGCCGCACCACGGGGUCCAGACCCCGGUCCAAUGAACUCCGCUGGACCGCUCAUCCAGGACUUGUUUAUCCUUUUUAUUUAUCCCCAAGGUUAUAUAUAAAUCACUGGACUAUGAAACAAUAUAGUGGGUGUUUUAUGUAUAAUAGAUUGCAGUGAGUACUGACACAAUAUCUGCAGUGAAUAUCUGAGAAAUGGAAAAAUGAGUGAGGGGACGACGGGACUUUUUUUUUCCUCUCCCAGAGCUUGAGGAACAUAAGCCUGUGUUGUGUUCUCUGAGGAUAUCCAUGCCCAGCACUGUGACUCCAGUCGACGCAGUUUCAAGGUGUAGCCCCUAUUGUGUAUUGAAAUUAUACUUGACGAAAAA